AGAAGAAGAUUGCUGACGACAAUUUGAGUCGAAUAACGAUAAAAUGGAUUGAGGUUAUUUGAUUAGUUCUGUGUAAACAUAAGUGGAUAUUAUGAUUUGACCAAGAUAUAUUGGUUUGUUCUUAAGUUUUUUUACGUUAGUUUGAUAGAAUCCGUGAUUAUGUAUUGUCUACAAUGGCUCAUUCCAGUGCUACUCAUACCAAAGCCAGUCAACCCAGCACUUCUUCAAACCCAUGUUGUGUUUAUGGUUUUAUAUUUGACAGGAUUCUUCUUGGAAAGGAAACCUUGCACAAUUUGCAGUUUAGUGUUUUUAGCAGCAGUGUUUUUAAUAUGCUACAGUGGUGUGGGAAAUUGUCUGUUUUGGAGUUCCAACUGCGACACAGUUCGAUGUGAAAAUGGUUGAGUCAUCACUGUGUAGUGUGUAGGCCUACACAAGAUAUCACCUCUCAUAACAAAAUUAACAGUAAACUCAUUCACAUUUCAUAUUUAUAAAACUGUUAAAUUUAUUAAAAUGUGGCAAAUAAGUUAUUACUAGCCUAUGUAUUUUUCUCCGUGUUAAAUAAUAAAUUAGCCUAGGCUAAUGUCAUGAUUUUGAUUUGUUUCAUUAGUCAAGAACACAAAAUGUAGUUGGUCAGUAAUUUAUUCCCCCAAUUGAAUAGUCUUGGGUCCAAAUGAUUGAUGUUUUUGGUUUAGACUGUCUUUAUUUUUGUUUAGUCUGCCAAUUGUUUUUUGUUAUCAUACCUAUGGAACAUCAAACUAGGUACUCCUCUAUAUUCUGAUAUGGGUAAAUUUCCAUUUCUUUCAACCAACAAUAUUAUUAUGCAUUUUAUCAAGUAUAGUAGUGUAAUAGUGUUUCAAAGAAAUGGUGCGUAGGCCUCCAGUUCUGCAGAAAACCUGCAAUAAGUUAUAUUAUACGAUGAAUAAGUCAACAUCCAUCAUUUUGUUAAAAUGUUUAACCUUACAAUUUUAAAAUUAACAAAAAAACACCAUCAAAUAGAUGGAUAUACAGUACUUGAUUGCAUUAUUACUAGCCAUAUGCUUGAUUUGGUCGCCUCGCUUGAACCUACUUCCGCGAACUUGAUUGAGAACUUACUCAUGCCAUGCCCCUGUUUAACGUUUUAAUGUAACACUAACCCCAGUAAGUAGAAUGUUCAAGAAGUCAAAGCUAUUACCUAACUUAUAGAAAAUUUGCUUUUAACUUCGUUGUGUUAAAAGGAAUGGCUUAGCGAACGGUCAAACAUUUUAAGCUUCUCGUAGCCUUCUCAAGUAACUUAAUCUACCAACCACCAGUCUACCUAUCCAGGCACCAGUCUUCCACAUUCAGUGUGGGGGUCUAGGCUACCUACAUUAAGUUAGUUACUCAAUACAAAUGUAAGUUAGUUACUUACAUUUGAAUUUGGAAGUUAAUACUUUUUUUAAAUGGCCCUCUUUAAAUAUUAUGAGUGUUAUGGUUAGCCAUGCUUUAGUCUACUCCAUUUCAUCCAUUUCAUGUUUGCUCUUUUUAAAAAAAGAUUGGAAUAUUGUUUAAAUUUCCAUCCUUUAAUCUAGAAAGUAAAUUUGGAUGUGAUAUUUUUUAAGAUGUGAUAAGCAUAAAACUGUAAAUAAUCAUACGUAGGGUAGACCUAGUAAAUAAAUACUUAGGACUGAAGUUUUGUAAUUUAGAUUUAAAACAUCAGUAAUAAAAUAAUAUUAAGCUCCUGUGUAUUCAGCCCAGUCAAAAAACAAUAACGUUUGAUUUUUAGUUGAAUUCAUAGUACUAGUUAAAUGUUAGUCACCACACAUUGACACAUUGGCUUUUUUUUAAAUAAACACUUAUGAUGGCUAUUUCUAUUAAUUUUUUUUUUCUGAAGGAAUUUUCAAAAGAUUUAAAAAUUUGCUCUAUCUGUGUAGGCUAAUUUGGUUAUCUGGCUACGACAUAUUCUUGCCACUCUGAAGUUAUGUUUGUACAAAGUCGAAAUACAAGUUUUGACCAUUACAUUCACUGAUAAGUUAGGCCUAACUCACUAAUUCAUAUAGGCCUAGGCUAAUUAAAGUUUCUUCAUGGAGUAUUAAUAGAUUUACUAUUGGUACCUAAUUGAUUUUUAGACCAAAAAGGGUUAGCAUUACCCUAAGUUAGGUACCGGUAUGUCGAUUUGAACUUUUGGUGAAUUAUUUUCAUUAUGAUUUUUUAUGACUUUAUUUUCCGAUUUUUCUAGUAUAGCCUAGCCUACGGCUUGGUUAAGGUAUGCUUUGAUUAGGAAUAUUAAAACUAAUUUUUAUAAAGAUAAAGGAAUUAUGAUCUUUAAUGCGAUUUAUAUUGAAUUGAAGCGAUUCUAACCUUUCGAACAUAAACUGACGACCUUUGGUGAUAUUAUUAUCUCUGUUGUGCCUUGUAUUUGAAUACUGGCUACAUCUGACAAGUUCAAGCUGAAUUUAUCAGAGACAUAGAAUCAUUUCUCCAUAAAUCAUGAAAUAACCAAAAAGCAAGUUAGACUGUAAGGAAUAUAUUCUUAUAAAGAAGCACAUCUACAAUAUGAAGCUACUUUCAUUAAGUUUUAGACCUAAUUAAAAUAUGUCAUAGCUAGAUAUUCAUUUGAAUUGGGUGCUUCCAUUUACAAAAUUAGUAAAAAUGUACUAAAAACUUAUAUUGUGUAUGAAGAAAAAAGAAUGUUAACAAAACCAAUUUACCAUUUGUAUUGUAAUUAUACCUACCUAUUUUACAAAUUACAUUUUUGUCACUCUACGGUAAACUUACUCAUUUUUAUAUCCUGAACAUGAACCAUGUGAGAUUACAUUUCACAUAUAGGCCCUAAAAUGGUUCCUUGUACUGUACUGUAAAUAUGUAGAAAUGCUGUUUUCUAUUUAUUUUCAAUGUUUUAUAGGACACUGUAUAAAUGCAAUCAAACCAAUAUUUGUUACCCUUUUUAAUAUUGUUUGUGGAAUAUUCGAUUGU